ACAGUUUGGCCUAAUGUGUUGGACGUCACAUUCUCAUAUUUCACUGUUGUCAGCCCUGUGAAGCUUUUUUCCUCAUGCUGAUGGAAACUUGUAUAUCAGGACAUACUUCUUGAAAGCGACUUGAUUUGACAUGAAGGAGAAGGAAUAUUCUACGUAGCUGUGAUUUCUCUCCAAGUGCCUACAUGGAGACACUAGGAAGCACUUUCAGUGUGUGUUGAAUGAACAUGACGAUGAACCAGUUCCAGUUAUGAGCAACUCAAAAUUUCUGUGGCUGGAGAGACAAAAAAGGCUUUUAGCCAGGUCCAAGAGCAUGGUGAUGGGGGAGUUGACAAGGGGCUCGAGCCGGCCAUCCUCCCCGGGCCUCCAGGAGAGGGCAGUGAAGGCCGGCUGGCUGAAGAAACAGCGCAGUAUCAUGAAGAACUGGCAGCUGCGCUGGUUUGUGCUGCGCACUGACCAACUUUACUUCUACAAAGAUGAAGAGGAAACCAAACCACAGGGCUGUAUCCCAUUACAUGGCUGCCAAGUGAAUGAGCUGACCGCCAAUCCAGACGAGCCUGGACGGCACCUUUUUGAGAUAGUUCCAGGUGGUACGGGAGAGAAGGACAGAUCAGCUCUGAGCCAUGAGGCCUUCCUGCUUAUGGCAAACUCCCAGAAUGACAUGGAGGACUGGGUCAAAGCUAUCAGGCGUGUCAUCUGGGCUCCUUUUGGCGGAGGGAUCUUUGGCCAGCAUCUGGAGGACACGGUGCAGUAUGAGAGGAAGUUUGGACCGCGGCUGGCCCCUCUGCUGGUGGAGCAGUGUGUGGACUUCAUACGGGAACAGGGUCUGAAAGAGGAGGGCCUCUUCCGAAUGCCAGGACAGGCAAACUUAGUCAAAGAGCUCCAAGAUGCUUUUGACUGUGGUGAUAAACCUCUGUUUGACAGCAACACUGAUGUUCACACCGUGGCAUCUCUACUUAAGCUCUAUCUCAGGGAGCUGCCUGAGCCAGUCAUCCCCUUCAACAAAUAUGAGGACUUCCUCACCUGCGCCCAGCUGCUGCUCAAAGACGAGGAAGUGGGACUCACUGAGCUUGCAAAGCAAGUUAAAACUCUUCCUCAAGCCAACUACAACCUGCUGAAGUACAUUUGCAAAUUCUUGGAUGAAGUGCAGUCACACUCAAAUGAAAAUAAGAUGAGCGUUCAGAAUCUGGCCACAGUAUUUGGACCAAAUAUCCUUAGACCUAAAAUGGAGGACCCUGUUACAAUGAUGGAGGGAACCUCUCAGGUGCAACACCUCAUGACAGUGUUGAUCAGCGAGCAUGAUCGGCUGUAUGGCAGCACAGAGUCUGAAGUGUCCUCCGAGCAGAGAGAAGCUCCUCAGCGCUGCAUGGUGGGCUGGAUCUCAGAAGAAGAGAUCCAGCGCUGUCCAUCUUCCAGCCAAACCUCAGGCCUUCCUGACCACGUGGGUGACAGCACCACAUCUCUGGACAUCAACACAGGCACAGCCACUGCCACCAAGCCGGCAACUCAGGGAAAAGCCGUGGUGGCGGUCAGCCCCAGCAAGCAGGCCAAAUCCCUCCCUUCGUGGAAGUACUCUUUUAAAGGCAGCGGAGCACGGGGCCAGACACCAAAAAUCGGGGGCUCCUCUGUAGACGUGUCCAGCCUGCCCAGUACUGGUAACUGGCUGAUGAAUGGAUUGUCCUCUCUGAGAAGCCAUAGACGUACGUCUUCAGGAGAGCGCAUGGGAAAAGACUCAGCACUGUCCCAUCGUCUGUCCACCUAUGACAAUGUGACCUCAUCCAGUCUGAGCGUGCCCAGCGUGGCCAGCACACCCUGGUCUACUUCCUCAUGUGAGAUAUCAGUAGCAGACUCAGUGGGCAGUGACCCCUCUGGACUGAACUUUGGGAAGGGAGCAUGGUCAGAGACGGGCUCAGUCAGGGGGAGGGUCGAAGAGAAAGUGUCGGAGGUCACGCAAAGUAGCGAAGCACUGGAGCUGUGUGUGAGCAGUGCAGGAUGCAGUGAGAAUGGGAAUGUGGAGGAUAAUGCAGAUGUGUCAGAAGACCCUGAUGACAACACGCAAGCACUUAACAGCCUGGUGUUAGAACUGAAGGAUGAGCUGAAGAAACAGAAGAUUGGUUAUGAAUCCCGGAUACGAAAGUUGGAAGAGACAAGUGUAUCGUUGCGUGAGCAGCUAGACAGGCUAGAGGAGGAGGUAGACCAGGAGAGGAAGAAGUACAAAAUGUUGGAGAUUAAACUGCGCAACUCUGAGCGGGCACGUGAGGACGCAGAAAACAGGAACCGGCUCCUGCAGAGCGAGAUGGAGGAGUUCUUCUCCACUUUAGGAGAUCUAACACUGGGGACAAGGACAAGCAAAAUGUGACACUUAACACAGAAAAGCUGUGUACUUACUGUGGAUGGAUUUUUAAAUCUCUUUACUCAUGUAUCAUGGGUACUAUGAGGUAAUUUUGUGCUGUUUUGUUACAGCAACUUGAGCUGUUAUUCUGUGUAGCAAAUCUAUUUUCCACCCUUAAUCUUCUUCUCUGAAGUUUUAAGAUAUGUUUAAAUUAUUAUUACCAUCACCAGAUUCUCAAUGGCCUCACUUCCAGUAUGCACAGAUGAUACCAAAGCAUGACUUCCCUGAUUGUUUGCAGUUGAUGUGAUUAUGGUUGCGUACUUGCGAUGCUUUUCAUAAGGCUGGUUAUUUCCAUGACAGUGCCUUUUGCGUUGAUGCAUGGUAUUGAGAAAAUACUGCUUAACCACAAAUGAGGCAUUACUGUUUUCUCAUAAUGUCAACUAUCAGCUCCACAGUUCAUAGCUUCUUCACAAGUCUAUGUUGUUUAGAGUCUGCGACUUUAAACAGGCUGCAGCCGUCCAGUCUGACACACUCCCACUUUUAAAGAAAUGGAUGAUGGUGAACAGUUACAGGCUUAGUUAAUGACUAUUACAUGCAUAUACUACACAAACCUCCUUUAGCAAACCCAUUUCUAUUUAAAUGAAAAUGCAGUGUGGUAAAAAGGCAAUGACAGUUUAAGGACAAGAUUAAUGGUACUAAUUAUUUGUAUAAUUAUGAAUUUUUUAGGCCGUUGAGGUUGCAGGUUAUAGGAUUAUUUAUUGCAAUUAUUUUACUGUAUAACUUAUUUCUCAGGUGGUGUUUCUAAAAAAAAAAAAAAAAAAAACACACUGAAAAAACUUGCUGUCUUUCUGGUAGAUGGUGGAAAUGAAUAUGAAUGAUAUAUACUUGACCGUGAAUUGUAGUAGACAGUCUAAGACUAUGUGAUGAAUCCGUGUAUGCUUUAAAAUAUUCUUGUGGUUAUUUCCCCCUCAUGAAAGUGCCAAAGUAGAGGUCUUAUAAAAUGGGUACUGCUUUCAUAUCAUGGAUCACUUGAAAUGAAGUAUAACUGCAAAAGGUAAAGUAAUAAAGUUCUCCUCAUACAGUGUCA